AUGUUGAUGAGUGCCAGGUCCACAAUGGGGGCUGCCAGCACAGAUGUGUGAACACCCUUGGAUCUUAUUAUUGUGAAUGCAAGCCAGGCUUUCGCCUGCACACAGAUGGCAGGACCUGCAUUGCUGUGAACACGUGUGCCCUGAACAACGGCGGCUGUCAACACGACUGCGUGCAGGUGACGCUCACACAGCACCACUGCCAGUGCCGGCACAAUUACCAGCUGCGGGAGGACGGCAAGCACUGCGUCUUGAGGAACCCCUGCACCGACAGGAACGGGGGCUGCAUGCACCGGUGCCACAACCACCACGGAGCAGCCCGCUGCGAGUGCCACCCUGGCUACCGGCUGGCCCCUGACGAUAAGGCCUGUGAAGAUGUGAAUGAAUGUCUGACUGGACUAGCCAUGUGUGCACACCAGUGUCUCAACACUCGUGGCUCCUUUAAGUGUACCUGUAACCCGGGCUAUGAGCUGGGGGCAGACGGCAAGCAAUGCUAUCGGAUAGAAAUGGAGAUUGUGAACAGCUGUGAAGCCAACAAUGGGGGCUGUUCCCAUACAUGCCACCACACCAGCUCUGGCGCAGUCUGUACCUGUAACUUUGGCUAUCGGCUUGAAGAGGACCAGAAGACGUGCACUGAUAUCAAUGAAUGUGACAAUGGUUCUCACUGUUGUCAGCAAGACUGUUACAAUUAUCCUGGAGGCUACGAGUGUGCCUGCUAUGCUGGAUACAGGCUCAGCACAGAUGGCUGCGGGUGUGAUGAUGUGGAUGAGUGCUCUUCAAAUAACGGUGGAUGUGAACACACAUGCCAGAACCAACUAGGGUCUUUCCAGUGUGGCUGUGAGAUUGGAUACAAACUGGAUGAGGACCGAAGGAGCUGCAUCUCUAUAGAGGACGCUGUGGAAGCUCUGGAUGGUCGGCGCCCCGUUAUCCGCCCAAUCCCUCAUGUUGCAAUCCUGCGAGAUGAAUUUACCCAGCUCUUUAAUGAUGACUAUGAAGAAGAGGAGGAAGAGAUGGAAGCAAGAGGAGAGCACACACUUUCAGAAAAAUUUGUCUGCCUGGAGCACACCUUCGGCCCCGACUGCAGCCUGACCUGUGAGGACUGCCAAAACGGAGCCACGUGCAACGCGGAGGAGACCGGCUGCGACUGUCCGGCAGGCUGGACCAGCAUCCUCUGUAACCAGACCUGCCCGGCCGGCACCUUUGGGAAGAACUGCAGCCUGACCUACGGAUGCCCUAAAGGAUUUUUUGGGAAACAAUGCAGAAAAAAGUGCAACUGUGCCAACCGGGGUCGUUGCCAUCGGAUUUACGGAGCCUGUCUGUGCGAUCCUGGCUUAUAUGGACGGUACUGCCAUUUAGUUUGCCCAAAGUGGGCGUUUGGCCCCGGCUGCUCCGAAGAAUGCCGCUGUGUGCAGCAGAACACGCAGGACUGUGACAAGAGGGAAAAGGGGGCCGGCCCCUGCCGAUGCAAACCUGGCUAUCGCGGCAAGCGCUGUGAGAUGAACUGUGACCCUGGCUAUUACGGGGAUGGCUGCAAGAAGAAAUGUAGCUGCUCUGCAGAAGUGUCCUGCGACCAUGUCACCGGGGAGUGCUGGACAGAGUGUCCCCGAGGGUACCAUGGGGAGAGCUGCCAGCAAGAGUGUCCAGAGGGGACGUUUGGGGCGGGCUGCCGGCAGUCCUGCUCCUGCCGGGGAGCACCCUGCGACCGGACCACGGGGCAGUGCCUCUGCCUGCCGGGCUGGACGGGACAUGACUGCGGCCAAGCUUGCCCUGACGGUCGCUGGGGACAGGGCUGCCAGGAGAUAUGUCCCGAGUGUACGAACAACGCCACCUGCGAUCCCGCCACGGGAGCCUGCCUGUGUCCCCCCGGCUACACCGGCCGUCGCUGCCAGGAUGUGUGUCCGCCUGGCUGGUUUGGCCCAGACUGCCAGCUGAGCUGCAGCUGUGGGAACGAUGGACAUUGCCAUCCUGUGACGGGGACGUGCAGCUGCGCACCUGGCUGGACGGGGUACAACUGCCAGCGAGCCUGCGACGCAGGGCGCUGGGGUCCCGACUGUGCUCACACCUGCAACUGCAGCAACAGCGACGGGAGCUGCAGCGCGGAGACAGGGCAGUGUGUCUGCGAAGCCGGCUACACGGGCGGCCACUGCGAAAAGAAGUGCCCGGAAGGAUGGUUUGGGCUGAGCUGUCGGCACCGGUGUCAGUGUGCCAACGGGGCUGCCUGUGACCACGUCAGCGGUGCCUGUACUUGCAGCCCGGGCUGGCGAGGAACCUUCUGUGAGCACGCCUGUCCUGAUGGAUUUUAUGGACUGGAGUGCCGGCAAGCCUGUGACUGCCUGAAUGGUGCGCACUGUGACCACGCAACAGGCCAGUGCCACUGUCCCCCCGGCUGGGCCGGUCCCCGCUGUGCCCAGGCAUGCCAGGAGAACAGGUACGGCGAGAACUGCAGCCAGACGUGCAACUGUUUCAAUAACGCUACCUGCGACCACGUCAGUGGCCGAUGUCUCUGCGGAGCCGGGUGGACGGGACCCACGUGCCAGCAAGCGUGCCCGGUGGGUUUCUAUGGGAAGAGCUGCCGCCAGCGCUGCCUCUGCCAAAACGGUGGCACGUGUGACCCCGUCACAGGGCUCUGUGCUUGCCCCGAGGGGUGGACGGGGCUGGCCUGUGAGCUGGCUUGUCCAGAGGGUCUGUUUGGGGCACGCUGUGAAGAGCACUGUGACUGUGGGGACAACGUGUCGUGCCAUCAUGUUACUGGCGCUUGCGAUUGCCCCCGUGGCUGGAGGGGCCGGCGCUGUGAGAAAGCCUGCCUGCCGGGUUCGUUCGGGAAGAACUGUGCCAGCCGCUGCGCCUGUCCCCUGGGAGUGCCUUGCGAUCACAUCACCGGCCGGUGCGGCUGCCCGCCGGGCUUUACAGGCUCUGGAUGUGAAAAAUCCUGCCUGCCAGGGACCUUCGGUGAGGGCUGUGGUCAGAUCUGCCAGUGUGCCGGAGCCACCCAGGAGUGCCACCCGGUCACCGGGGCGUGUGUCUGCACUGCCGGCUUCCACGGCCCCACCUGCCAGCUGGAGUGCUCCCCUGGGUGGUACGGCCCUAACUGCGAAAGGCCAUGCAAGUGCAAGAAGGGGGGCCUGUGUGACAUUACCACCGGGAUGUGCCACUGCCCAGCCGGUUACAUUGGUGCUGACUGCAGUAUCGGAUGUCCUGCUGGUCACUACGGCAAGGACUGUGCACAGGUGUGCUCCUGUGGGGAAGGUGCUACCUGUCACCCCGUCACUGGAGACUGUGUUUGCCCUCCAGGAAGAGCUGGUCCCACCUGUGAGCAAGACCUCUGCCUGUGCUUGGAUGCUCCUGCUCGUGCCGUCGAGCAGCCCGGCUCCUGCCGCAACGGGGGGCUGUGUGAUACGGCCGAUGGCUCCUGUUCAUGUGCGCUCGGGUGGACGGGGAAGUCCUGCGAAUUAGAAUGCCCACCGGGAAGGUACGGUGCCAACUGCCAGCUCCGCUGCGCCUGCCUGCACAAUGCAACCUGCGACCCGGGGACGGGCGCCUGCCGCUGCUCCGCCGGCAACAACUGCGAACACCGUUGUCCCCCGGGAUUCCAUGGAGCUGGCUGCCGGGAGCGCUGCGACUGCGAGCACGGAGCAGGCUGUGACCCAGCCACCGGUCGCUGCCAGUGUCCCGCUGGGCUCCGUGGCGAGCGCUGUCAGACAGGCUGCAAGGAAGGAACAUACGGUGAGGGAUGCCAGCACCUCUGCGACUGUGUCGGCAAUGUGCCCUGUGACCCAGCCACGGGGCGCUGCCUGUGUCCCCCGGGGAAAACCGGCCCCAAGUGCAGUUCGGACUGCCGACCGACCAGGUACGGCCCGGACUGCAGCCUGACCUGCCAGUGUGCUCCCAGCAACUCCUACUGUAACGCUCGCAACGGCCAGUGUCUCUGUCUGAACGGGUACAUGGGACCGACCUGUUGGGAAGGUAAGCCAUGCAGCCCCCGGCACCCACCAGGUCACCGCCGCCCCAGGGAGGGCUCCGGCCGGUCGAGCACUAAGUCCUGCUGCUGCCUGGAGCGCUCCCCUGGUGUGACCAAGCAGCCACCUGAAGAAGCCAACGACCUGUUUAACGAACUUGUUUACAAGCCAU